AUUCUGGCUUCCUUUGGAUUAUUUUUGAUUACACUUUUCAUCAUGAAAUCCACCCUCGCUGCUGCCUUUCUUCUGGCUGCGACAUCGCUCGCUGCCCCCGUUGACAAGCGUGAUGUCGACCUAGUUGACGUGUCUACUCCCGACGGCUGGGGAUAUAAGCGCGGUGCUGAGAAGCGUGACGUCGACUUAGUUGACGUGUCCACUCCGGAUGGCUGGGGCUACAAGCGUGACGCCGAGAAACGCGACGUCGAUCUCGUCGAUGUGGCUACUACUGAGGGUUGGGCUUAUAAGCGUGAUGUCGAUCUUGUCGAUGUCGCUACUGCCGAAGGCUGGGGAUACAAGCGCGAUGCUGAGAAGCGUGACGUCGAUCUUAUCGAUGUAGCCACGACUGAGGGUUGGGCUUAUAAGCGUGAUGUCGAUCUUGUCGAUGUCGCUACUGCCGAAGGCUGGGGAUACAAGCGCGAUGCUGAGAAGCGUGACGUCGAUCUUGUCGAUGUAGCCACGACUGAGGGUUGGGCUUAUAAGCGAGAUGCUGAGAAGCGUGAUGUUGACCUGGUUGAUGUUGCUACCACCGAGGGCUGGGGAUACAAGCGUGAUGCCGAGAAGCGCGAUGUCGACUUAGUCGACGUGUCCACUCCCGACGGCUGGGGCUAUAAGCAGUAG